AUGCACGCCGACACCGCAAAAAGGAGCUGUGCCGACGACUGGAGUGUGUGCACCGGGGUUCCGUCGCGAGCCGCCACAACAAGUUCCUCCACGUGGCGGGGGAAGGUACGCGCUAAGGGCGCUACCCCGGCGGGCGCUUCCGACACGGGCGCCAAGAGCGGGACAAGGGCUUCUGCCCAACACGCGCACGAUCCUCGGGGACCUGGAGCCCACCAGGUCUACACGCGGGACGGGAGGGGGAUCGUUGGGUACAGCAAUAUGAACAUGCGCCCCCUCCCCGCCCUCCUGCGCCUGCCGCAACCGCCGCUGCCAGCACACCCACAGCCUGCUCAACGGCGAAGUCCUGACCUCGGCCGCCACCGCCGCGACCUGAGCCACCCCGCCGGCCACGGCGCCCUCCGGUUCCUGCUGAGUGCGGACGAGGCGGGGAUGGCUCACGACGCCCUGUUACCCAGCGGUGCCCGGGGGACCCCCGGCCCCGCCUCGCCAAAGACCGACGUGGAGAUCGUUGCGCGGGGGAUCGCGCUCGCGGCGAGCGCUGACCGUGUCCCCUACGCCCGGCGGGUCGACCACGGGGAGAAUGGUGCCGAGGGGAGUGCUGGCGCGCAGGGGACAGCUGAUCGCCCGCCGCGCGGUGAAGAAGCUCGCGGAGCUCCGGAGAGCGGUGGCGAGGAGACUGCUGCUGCGGUUGCUGACGCUGCGGUGAACGCCCACGCUCCUGACGCGUCUGCCCAAGGGGGUUCUUCGACGCAACCCGGGCAAGUGCCCACGAGUACUCAGGCAAGGUCGGCCGCUGCCUUCCCCGAAGGGGGAGAGACAGUCCGCGCUCGAAGCGGCAUACAGGCUCACUUGCGGAGGGACGCGCCAACACACGCGGUCGAGGUUCCGCAGGCGGCCCAAAACUCCAGCAGGCCUUAUCCCUGCUGCUAG